CAUGGGGCACUCACCGGACCCUCCGAGGCAGUUUCCAGACUUUCAGAACCGGAAACGGGUCCUGGGCGCGCGCCCCAGCGCGAGUGGGCGGGGCUGCCCUCCCGGAAGUCCCUGAGGCUUCGGCUCCGAGCGCGGCCCAGCGGUCUGCACAGGGCGGGCGCAGAAAGGGAGAGAACCUGGUGGGUUCUCCUUGCAGGUUUGGGAGGUGGGACCCUGUUAGGGCAGCGCUCCCACAGUGGGAAGGGACAGAGUGUCGCAGAGAGACCCCGACCCCUGUCCCGCCUAGAGAGGGACGAGAGUUUGGCCAGCCCGAGGGCCAAAGUGUCGGUCCCCAGUUCCUCAGGGGUGGGGCGGGAUGGACGGGCUUCUGACGCCCAGGGAGUCUGCAAAAUUCGUUGCAGAAAACAGUCGGGAUGUGUUCAUUGACGGCGGAGGCGUGCAGAGGGUGGCGGAGCUGCUGCUUGCCAAGGCCGCGGGGCCCGAGCUGCGCGUGGGGGGCUGGAAGACCCUUCACGAGCUGAACCCCAGGGCGGCGGACGAGGCCGCGGUCAACUGGGUGUUCGUGAUAGACACACUCAACUUCUCCUUCUGGUCAGAGCGCGACGAGCAUAAAUGUCUGGUGGGAUACAGAGGGAAGACGUACAGUGGAUACUGGUCCCUGUGCGCCGCGGUCAACAGAGCCUUGGACGAAGGGAUACCAAUAACUAGUGCUUCAUACUAUGCCACAGUGACCCAGGAUCAGGUUCGGCAUAUUUUCCGUUCUGACACAGAUGUCCCCAUGCCUUUGAUAGAAGAGAGACAUCGGAUUCUCAAUGAGACAGGGAAAAUCCUGCUUGAGAAGUUUGAAGGCUCUUUUCUUAAUUGUGUCCAAAAAAGUGAUAAAAGUGCACAGAAGUUAUUGCACCUGGUGGUUGAAAGUUUUCCUUCUUACAGAGAUGUGACUCAGUUUGAGGGAAAGAUAAUUUCUUUUUACAAACGGGCCCAAAUCCUUGUGGCAGAUACAUGGAGCGUAUUAGAGGGCAAAGGAGACGGCUGCUUUAAGGACAUCUCCAGUAUCACCAUGUUUGCUGACUAUAGGUUGCCUCAGGUUCUUGUUUACCUGGGAGCCCUGAAAUACUCUGAUGAACUACUGGAAAAGCUUCUCAGAGGAGAAAUGCUUUCAUAUGGAAGUAGACAAGAGGUGGAGAUCAGAGGGUGUUCACUUUGGUGUGUUGAGCUGAUCCGGGAUUGUCUUCUGGAGCUUCUUGAAAAAAAGGGUGAAAAAAUCUGGUGGAGAGAUCAAUUCCAUUCUUCUGGAUUAUUACUUGUGGGAUUAUGCCCGUGAUCACAGGGAAGACAUGAAAGGAAUUCCGUUUCAUCGCACACGUUGCAUAUAUUAUUGACCCACCAUGUAAAGUAAUCCUAAGAAAACUCUGCAUUUUUAUGUCACAUAAUUAUUUGUACAAUUUUACUUUGAUACUAAGAGAAAGUGAAAGAAGUGACAGCAACAAGGAAAUUGAUUAUCCAGUUCUCUCAAAAUAUUUUUUCUAACAUACCACUCUGUAUUCCCAGCUUUAUCCUUUGUUUGCUUGUUUAAUUUUGACUAUGUUUUCCUUUCUGUGGACCCAUGACAGAAAUAGUGAAAGGAAUUUAAUGCUUUCUUUAAAUUUCUUAAAGUUAAUCAUGCUUUAUAAUGUGAUUAGUCUUCAGUGAUAAUAUUGCAUCCAUUCGAUUGGUAUCUUUUUUCAAGGUUUAAUAAUUCUCUAUAUACCUUAAUCACUUGAUAUGAGAGAGAGUAGGGUCUUUGCUGUGUGAAUGCUGCUGUUUUUAUAGAAAUCAAUUUUGAUGGAUUUUUUAAAAAGUUUUGUUGCUAAAUACAGUGGGCUUUUACAUCUGAUUUUCAACUUA